AUGGAGAAAGAGCUGGAUAAAGUUGUUGAGGAAAUAAUGUUGACACCAAACGUUACUGGAUGUAUAUUUGCUGAUCAUCAAGGUUUAUGUUUAGCAGCAAAAGGAACUGCUCAUGUAGAUUCAGCUGGCAUAUUAGUAGCUAUAUCUGAGCAAGCUUGUAAAUUACAGCCGAACUUGAAGCCACCGACGAUAUAUCUAGAAUCGGAUGAUAAAAUGUGCCUAAUACAACGACAUGGUACUAUUACUGGCGGAAUUUUCAAACAUAAAGAAUAA